AUGUCCUCAAGUGCCGAUUUAGCACGUGCAAUCACGAUAUAUUGCGGUAUACCAAUAUUAGUUUGUGGUACUGUCGGGAAUUUUCUAAAUCUUAUUUUACUUUGGCAAAGUCGCCGAAAUUCUUGUGCAUUUCUCUUUCUAUGUUCAUCAAUAUUUAACUGUUUUGCUCUUUUUUUCGGUUUAUUUACUCGAAUAUUAAAUGUCGGUUUUGGUCUUGAUUGGUCUCAAACGAAUCUCAUCUGGUGUAAAAUUCGCAUUGCCUUCUCCGAAGCCAGCUUCCUUCUAUCAUUAACAUGCAUCUGUCUCGCAAGUGUUGACCGUUGUCUUGCCAGUUGCCGAAGUGCUACAUUAAGAAAAUUUAGUCGACUAUCAACAGCUCGAAUAUCAAUUCUAGUUUCAAUCAUAUUUUGGGUGUGCCACGCCACACCUAAUCUAAUCUUUGCAAAUCUCUUACCAUCACCAACCGCCAGCUCAACCUUCGUCUGUGCAAUCACACCCAAUCAAAUACUUUCGAAUUAUCAAAUAUAUUUUUCUCUAUUAGUCUAUCUUGGUGUAUUACCAACAUCGAUUUUAAUUAUUACAGGUGUACUAACCUAUCGAAAUACCAGUAAACUACGACUUGAUUAUCAGCGUGAACUGAUUCAGAAACAGUUAACAAAUAUGAUGCUCAUUCAAAUACCUGUUAUACUUAUAUCAACCGUUCCGUAUAUUGCAUUCAGCGAAUAUCGAGCAUUGACGUCAAAACAAACAAAAUCGGCUAGUCGAAGAGAUAUCGAAAAUCUGGCAACGAACAUCGUAACGUUGCUGUUCUACGUGGCAUUUACAUGUCAAUUUUUUGUUUUCUUCUUCUCAUCACCAAAAUUCCGACGGCAGCUUAAUCCUUCAGUCUUGUGCCAACGGAGACAUCGAGUUAGUCAUGACUCUACGAAUGCAAAGCAACCAGCGUAA